CAGCUCUGGAGCCAACCGGAGGCGGACCCUCCCUCUUCCCGGUGGGAAACCCUUGAGAAGAUUUUUUUUUUAAUUAUUAAGAAACUUGAGGAUGGUGGGGGCAAAACGACUAGAUCCCAUUUGCCUGUGAUCCUUUAGCCGGAAACCUAUAAAAAUCUGUGGAAAAAUUCAUGCAAGAAUGAAAAAGAUGGCAUCUAGAGUAAAUACCAGCUUUACUUUGAUUCCUAACCAGAAAUAUAGACGAAGUAAUCGUCGGUCCAGCUUUUUUUCCAGCACCCUUAAUUCAGAAUCUCAGCCCUUAUCAUCACUUGGAAAUUUUAAGGCCUUGCCACUGGAAAUAUUCCAGAUAAUCUUAAAAUAUUUGUCAGUGAAGGAUAUCAGCAUGCUAAGCAUGGUGUCCAAGACAAUCAGCCAACACAUUAUUAAUUACAUAUCAACCUCAUGGGGAAGUAAAAGACUUUUACUACAAGAUUUUCAUAACCUUGAGCUGCCUGGCAGGAGUCAAGAAUCCACUAUACUGGACCACUACAGAUCUUUAGGUCUGCUAUUUAAGAGAUGUACUCUGCUGCUACCCACAAAGGAAAGACUAAAGUACAUUCACAAGAUACUUGCAGAAGUUUCCUGUUUUAAAUUCAGUGGCUGUGCAGCUCCAAUGCAAUGUUUAGGAUUACAAUGUUAUGGCAUGUUUUUACAGACAUUAACAGCAGGUUGGGAUGAACUUGAGUGCCAUCGUGUUUAUAACUUCUUAUGUGAGCUGACUAAUCUUUCACGGAAGAUGCAGACAGUUGUCUGCAGCAAACCAGGAAGUGCCCGGAAACUAGAGUUAAGGAUCAGACUGUUCUGUAGGAAUGUCCUACUCGAUCACUGGAUACAUCAAAGUGAUUCUGCUUUUUGGUUGACUCGUAUAUUAAAGCCAUGGCCAAUGGUGAAUCAGGCAAGAUUACUAUAUGUCAUCUUUGGACCAAUAUCUCCUCAAGAUGGACAGGUUGUUUGGCAGAAAAUGAUAGAAGGACCUACAGAUGAAUCCAGUCUGAAAGGUUUGGCUGAUGCCAUAAAAUUGCUAUAUGACACAGGCACCAAAGAGUGGACAGCCGAUGAUGUUAUCAGUCUUGUAGAUGAACUGUCAGUGGUUCCCCGCGAGUGGCUUCUCGAGAAUAAUGCACGUCUCCUAAUCCUAAGUGGGAACAACAUCUGUUUCACUUUCAUGGCUAGUAAAGCUGUGAAUGGAAGGGCCAUCGAACUGGCAAGACUGAUAGUCUUUUUGGCUUUGGUGUGCGAGAAAGAACUAUACUGCAUGGAUUGGGCAGUUAAAAUGAUGCAGAAAGUCUGUAAAGUUUUUAGCACUCCAGUGGAAAGAAAUAACUUCCUGCAGAGUGUGGCAAAUGCAUUUGCAUGUGUCAUAAUGGAGAUGCUACAAGCAGUUAUGGCUGGAGACCGUGACGAAGAUGACAGAAGCUUUUUGAAUUUGUUCCAUCUUGUGCAUGCUCAGGCUAACUUCCAUAAAGAGGUCUUGUAUUUGACCAUGAAUACUCUCUCUGCCUAAAUUCUCAGAAAGACUGGCCUUUAGAGAAUGCCUCACUGAACUAAUAGAAGAGUUAUUGCGUUCCCAUUCAGCAUCCAUGCAACUUUUUAUCACCUAAGUAACUAAGAAUUCAAAAGUCACAUAGAAUUUUAGAAGUCAAUCACUUAUACCAUUAUUAAUAUAUAUCAAUCAC